AUGUGUGUCGCUAGCUGCUCCAGGUGUGUGGGUGUGUCCCUUGUUCCCAUGGCAUUUGUGUGCAUGCUGGCCAAUGGCCUGUUGCUGUUGCCAGACCUUCAGGCACGCUACCUGUUGGACGGUCACGUGACCAGAGAGGCCCGGUGGGGCACAGGCCUGUGGGCCUCUGGAUUCCUGGUUCUUAUUGGAGCUCGGGGGUUUGUGAUUGGCAGCUCAAGGGAAGGCUGCUGUGCAUACAGGAUAGAGAUGCUGUGCCAAGUGGGGUGUUCCUGCGUGGCUCUGGCUGCUGCAGCCUUUUGCUGCCUAGUGAGCGCUACAGGACUGGUACAGGGACCACUGUGUCUGCACAACAGCACACAAGGUCUGGCCUGGGAGAUGCCACUCAAACCACAGAAAAGCGGAGAUCCCAUCUACCUGUUUGAUAGAACAUUAUGGCCGGCGGCCUGCGAGGAGCCACGCAACGUUGUUCAAUGGAAUGUAGUGCUGUUUUCUGUUCUCAUGGCAACCAGUGGACUGCAGGCCGUCCUUUGUGCAGCACAUACAAUCAAUGCUCUCCUGGGCAUAAUAUUUGGGCCAAGAUUCUGCAAAAACCAGGUCAGUCCAGCUUGAGGACAUCAUCCAGGAACCUAAUUAGGAGCAGGAAUGAAGGACCUCCCGAAUGAAGUACUGUAGUUAGUAGAUGCUGAUUUUAGGUCAGUUUUACAUAUUUCCCCCUAAUGGAUGAGGUCAGGAUUGCGGAGGUUUAGCUGAUCCUGGAUCUAUGCUUACAGGCAGCUUCUACCACCGCUGAACAUUGGUUUUGGCCACCAGUCAGCAUUUCACGAACUAAGAAGCAGACUUGCACUUUAAAGAAAAAAUCAUAAAAUAGCAUAUAUUUAAUAUGAUUUUAUUAUGUUUGAUAAGCUAACAGAGUAAAACAGGGAGACAAAAAAGGAAGAUUUAGAAGAGGAUAGAGGUAGAUGGGAUGGGGAGAAGCUGUUUUGGAGUUUGGAUUUUUAUAUACCUAGAUGAUACCAUUCAGACAGCGGUCUCUACACUUUGCUUGCAAAUUGGCACUCUUAUUGUUGACAGUAUGUACACGUUAUUAUAUUGCAAACAUUAUUUAUGUGUGUGUACUGCUGAACAAUUGUGAAGCUGUGAUCUUAUAUAUAGUCAUUUUGUUAAUUAUAUUAAUGCCAUAGUCUAUUAAUUUCAUGAAGUGUGAUCAAACUUACAUCCUUUAGUGGGGUGCAGGGCCAAAGAAAGUUGGUAUGAAAGAAAUAGAGCCCGCACACUCAAGCUCAAUCACGUACCUUUAUUCAAAUCAAAACAUAUCCAAUUGUAUUGUUCACAUACACAUGGUUAGCUGAUGUUAUUGUGAGUGUAGCGAAAUGCUUGUGCUUAUAGUUCCGACAGUGCAGCAAUAUCUAACAAUUCCACAGCAAAUACCUAAAACACACAAAUCUAAGUUAAGGAAUGGAAUAAGAAUAUAUAAAUAUAUGGAUGAGCAAUGUCAGAGCGGCAUAGGCAAGAUGCAAUAGAUAGUAUAGAAUACAGUGUUUACAUAUGAGAUGAGUAAUGUAAGAUAUGUAAA